AUGAGUUGGGGUCACAGAGCUCCUCGAAAAAUCGGAUCCAGAGGGCGCACGCCUCCUUCCAGGAAAGGCAAGGCACAGAGGGCUAAGGACGACGCUCGAGGUUCUCAAGCGAUCGAUCCUUACCUUGACGGGGUUGACGGCGUCAGCCAGAGAAAUCGAGAUUCCCAAACCAAUGAAGACGAGGGUAGUACUGCCUCUGUCUUCGAGCGGUAUAAGCGCAGAAGUGCUAGCAGCAGUACUAGUAUUAGUGAUAACAGCAGAACUAUCACUAAUGAAGAUUCCCAAAGCCAUGCAGACCCGCAUCAGGUCGAACAAGCCGGGGGGGGGGGGGGGGGUAGGAAGCAGCACUCUGGGAGUCAGAAAAAGAAACAGAAGCAGCAGCAGCAGCAGCAGCCUCCAAAUACCAUCCGGAUUAAGGAUGAUAGAUUUGACAGAGUGUUGCUGAUCAAGCCUCGUCAAGAAGCUUUGAACUAUGCCAAGGAGGUGACAGAGACGUCCCCAGAUGACAACCAUGUCUUCUGGGUGGACGGAUCGACAGCCGCCAACGAAGCAGCGCCAUCUGGAGUCGCAGUUAUCCACGGGCACAGCGGACAAGACGCGGAUGAGCUGUACUGCCUCGAAGAGAUCCGGCUCAGCCAGUUAGCUGAGCUGUUUGCUAUUGGGGCCGGUCUUAGAGCUGCAGUCCGCCAACUGGAGCGCCUUCAAGUGUCAGGUCAUGUUGUCCAGGUCUUCACGGACUGCCAAGCGGCCAUGGAAAUGCUGCGGCCUAGAACAAAGAAGUUGAGCCCACUCGCUGGCCGUCUAGUGCGUCGUGUUGACGCUCUUUCUCACCGGCUUUGCUCGAUGGGAGUUAAGGUCGAGCUUCAUUGGGUUCCGGGACACCAGUGUGUUCGGGGCCAUAAGAGAGCUGACUUGUUGUCCAGGACUAUCACAAGUUUUAUGAUGAACAACCUGGCUGACAAGAUUAAUCAAAUCAAUGCAGUUAGAGUGGACUGCACUUUCCUCGAGUUAUCCUGA